UAAAGCGGAAAGGCUGCUUUAACUUUCUUAUUUUUGAGCACCGGUUUGCUUCGUUUCCACGACAUGAAAAGUCUUCACAUCUCUCAGCUUGACUGAAAACUCAACAGCCUGAAGAGAGAGAGCCAUGCUCCGUUGCAAGAGGUGUCGCAAAGGCGUCGUAGACUCAACAUGUUUGUCAACGGUGGAGGCCACAGAUGAAAGCUCAGCUGCUGUCUGCAGCAUUUGGCACGUGAACGUUGACACACUGCCAGAGUGGAUCCUGACCUCAGUUCAUCAGGCUCAGUGGACUGUAGGAAAACUGAACUGCCAGAACUGCGGCGCUCGUUUGGGAGGCUUCAACUUCAUUAACCACAGCGAGUGUCCCUGUGGCCGGGACGCCAGCGUCCACCUCAACAAGAGCCGCGUGGACCGCGACCACAAACGCUGCGUUCUUAUCGUCCAGCCGAGGAGGACGAGGCCUGAGACGGAGCGCACUGGUCUGCUGACGGACGGCUCUCAGAACAGAGAGCAGAGGCCUGAACUUAACAGGACCGCGCUGGACAGCUUACAGCUCAACUGCGCUGCGGUCAUGUCCCACAUAAGUGCCGCUGAGGCCUCUAACUCACUGACUGAGGGUGAAAACACCCAGUCAUUUUCUUUCAGCCCUCUGUACUGCAUCUCUCACAGGAGACGGUGCAGUUUGGAGGACGAUUCCGCCAUCAGGUCGUCAUGCUUUUGCCCCGCAGGCCUGACAGUCAAGUCCGCUGUUGAGAGUGCAAUGACGGGAACGCACGAGUCUACGGAGUCGCCCGUCUCGUAUCCCACAAGUCAGCAGUUCGACACUGAUGGUGACGCCCCGAUCAACGCGGUCGCCCGCCGCUCGUUUAUUUCCGGAAGGCCGUGGUCACCGCUGGAUCGACCGCUGCUGCAAACUGUGGAGGACGUGGAGUCUUCUCCAGAGGCCGCGGCUGCCCACCAGGAGGUUCCUGUUUCAGCCCUGUUCCACAGAGGGAGGUCCGUCUCUGACAGUGUGGCCGAGCAGGACCAGGACGUGGUGCCUCGAGGCUUCAUGGCCUCCGCAGCCUCAAACAGACUGAGCAAAAGGGAGAAGAACCGUCUGAAGAGUCUCCGGAGGAAGCAGAGGAGGAGAGAGCGAUGGCUGCACAGCCAGCUGGAGCAGGCCGAGAGUGCGAGCGCUCCACUGUUGGACAGUGAGGAGGAGGACAGAGAGGGCCUCACCUGCGCCGUCUGUCUGGAGCUCUACUUCAGCCCGUACAGCUGUCAGCCCUGCGGCCACAUCUUCUGCGAGCCGUGUCUCCGCACCAUCGCCAAGAACCGGCCGACCAACACGCCCUGCCCUCUCUGCCGCACCCUCAUAUCACACACCACCUUCCACAAAGAGCUCAACCAAACAGCCGAGACCUUCUUCCCGAAAGUGUACGACGCCCGCAAGCAGAACUUCCAGAAUGCUUCGUGUGCAAAAUGGUCUCUGCCCAGCUGUCGCAAACGCUUCCACAUCUUCUGGGGAGAACAGAGACAGGCAGCGGCGGUGGGGAGGCGCUGGCACUUUGCUCAGGGAGGUUUCACGCUGGAUGCUUUGGACUUCACCGACGUGCGCGGCUGGCUCUUCGUCAUCGGCCUGGUCAUCGUCUACAUCCACUCAGUCAACUGGAUCCUGGCGUUCCUCUUCCUCUGUUUCCUCAUGUACUACUACUUCUGUUGAGACACCGAGGCGUGCUCGAGAGUUUAGAGAAUAGUUUAUCUUUUUUUUUUUUUUAAAGUCACCAGUUACUUUAGUGGUAAAGUAUCACAGAAAGAGGAGACCUGGUUUUGACACGGAGCAGGAAUCUGAACAUUAGAGAGUUCUAAAAGUUUACAAUAUGCUAACCUUAAAGAUCUGAUGAUGAUUUAAUCAGAGCUUCUUUUUGCCAGUGUUAUGCAGCCAUGGUGUAAGUGCAAUAUACGCUCUGAGGUGUUCUGAUCCACAGAAUUAAUGGGUAAGUCUAGAGUUCAGACAAAAGGCCACGGCCUGAAGCAGAGUACUACUGUUAAUUCCGUUACUUUGGACGUCAUGCAGGAAAACAUCUACAAAUGUGUGCUGUGUGUUAGUGAAACCUUUGGUUUGUGGUAGAACUAUUUGGUAAUAGUGGUAGUGAUGAUCAGACAGAAAGAAAAACAUGAUUGAUGCAUGAUGUAAAGUGGCACUUUUGUUCAAACAAGGAAUAUUUGAACAUUUUAGUGAAAUAUGUUUGCUCCCUUCCUCUCAGAGAGGUACAAGAUUGAUACUGCUCUGUGUGUUAAGAACAGUGCAGGACCCGGGAGGUGAUUAGCUUUAGCUUAGCAUAAAGGCUGGAAGCAGGGGGAAGCAGCCUAGAAAUAAAUGGUAUCGGCAUGUAACAAAGGAAUGCAACGAACGAGAUACAAUGUGUUCAUCAGUGAGCUUCAGCAGUGUCAAUGGGUGUAUUUUAAUCUUUAGCAGAGAGAUGCCCUUCUCAGAAAGUUUUGCUUCUAUAUAUGUACAUUUUUUUUUUUUAUUUACAAAGAAGAGGGAUGCUCAGGAAUCAAAUAUCCAACAAGUAACAGUUAUUAUGGAUGUGAAUGAUUGAUUGAGGGGCUGACAAUGCUGGAGCAGCAAGAAGAGAAAGAAAAUCGGAUACACAAAUGGAUAAAAUACCCAUUUCAGUAUGGUGCCUUUGCUCAGUCUGUGCCUUCUGUUAACAAGUAAUAUGAAACAGGAAGUGAGCACCUUUAAGUUUAAGCUGUCUGCUACAGGAUACACUGUGUUCAUGGAAAGCCAAAAAAAAUGAAUAAAGCAUUCAGUGAACA